CUUGAAAGCGAUGUAUUUGUCUUUAAAGAGAUAUAUCUGAAGAUUCCGAUAAAAAUUUUGUCGAAUAUCCCAGCGAUAAAAAAUUGAGAAAAUGUCAUCCGGAAUUUCACUUUUAUUUUUGGGUGGAAUCAUUGUCUCCAUGGUAUCCUUUGUUGAUUCAUCACUUAUAUCCAAACUUAAUGAAUAUCUCUAUCAUCAAUGUGCUGAUGACAAUGAUCUUUGUAAUCCUACUUACAACACAGCAUGCUGUAAUCAAAGUCUAGAGUGUAUAUUGGUCGAUAGCUAUAACCGAUUUAAAUGUAUUGAUAGGGGACAAUUGGGUCGAUUUUGUAAAACUGAUGACGAUUGCAAGUAUAUACCGCAUGCAGAAUGUUCAAUACGAAAUACAUGUGUUUGUAAGAUCGCUAUUGUCGUAGACGAUGAUGUAAAAUGUGGGCCACCAUUAAACGUGACUUGUGAGGAUUAUAAAUUAUGUGGUCCCGACAAUUCUAUUUGUUUUGAUAACAAAUGUGAAUGCGAUAAUGGCUAUUUACCGUUAAACGAUCGUCGUUGUUUACCAAUAUUGUUAGGCACUUAUUGUAAAGAUGAUAAAGAUUGUAGUGCUAUAAACAAUGCAGAGUGUUCUAAAAAUAAUAUUUGUACUUGUACAUUACAUACAACUCAAAUUAAUUCAAUAAGAUGUAAGCCUGAUUCAAAUUUUGUGUGCAAAACCAAUCGUCAAUGCGAGGAAAAUGCACUGUGUAUCAAUAAUAAAUGUCAAUGUAUACCUAAAUUUAAAUAUAACCUAGAUCACGAAUGUGUUCCAGCUUUUUUAGGAAUGAAAUGCGAAUAUGAUACAGACUGUAGUGAAUUAAUACAUCAUACAAUGUGUUCUAUUGAUAAAAAAUGUAUAUGCGAUGAUUUUUCUAAUCUCGUAGCAGAUUCUAGGUGUGAGUCAAUUGAACAGAUAAUUUGUAAUACAUGUGCGGACGAUUUUAUCUAUUGUAUCAAUGAUAAAUGUUACUGCAGGCCUGAUUAUGUAUAUCAGGAAUCAAAAUGUGUCCGAAAACAGGAAUAA